GAAAGGUUGUGCCCUGCCCCCUUCCCUCCUGUUUCAGCUUUGUUUUAUAAAACAAUCUAUACAGGUUUUGCAAAGGUACUAUGUGAUCUUAGUUUUUUUUCAUAUAGUUGGGAAAAAGAAAACUGGAAGGUAAAGAAGGCUCCUCCAAAGCAGGUGAGAAUGUUCACAUGUAGGGAUGAACAUAGCCUUAAACUGCUCAUAAAUUGAAAAGUAUCAGUUGAUCUCUUAGACUUCAAAAUAACUCAUGAAACUGGAUGGCUUCUACAGGGAGCCAGGCCUCGGAUAUAGACAAGUUUUGGGAGUUCUUCAGUGAUGGCGCACCUCCCACCAAAAAGCCCAGGAAGCUGCUCCCAAGCCUGAAAACGAAGAAGCCUCAGGAGCUCGUGCUGGUGAUCGGAACAGGCAUCAGUGCUGCGGUCGCACCCCAGGUCCCAGCCCUGAAAUCCUGGAAGGGCUUGAUUCAGGCCUUACUGGAUGCGGCCAUUGAUUUUGAUCUUCUAGAAGAUGAGGAGAGCAAAAAAUUUCAGAAAUGUCUCCACGAAGACAAGAACCUUGUCCAUGUUGCCCAUGACCUCAUCCAGAAGCUCUCUCCUCGUACUAGUAAUGUUCGAUCCACAUUUUUCAAGGACUGUUUAUAUGAAGUAUUUGAUGACUUGGAGUCAAAGAUGGAAGAUUCUGGUAAACAGCUACUUCAGUCAGUUCUCCACCUGAUGGAAAAUGGAGCCCUGGUGUUAACUACAAAUUUUGACAAUCUCCUGGAACUGUAUGCAGCAGAUCAGGGAAAACAACUUGAAUCCCUUGACCUUACUGAUGAGAAGAAGGUCCUUGAGUGGGCUCAGGAGAAGCGGAAGCUGAGCGUCUUACACAUUCAUGGGGUCUACACCAACCCUAGUGGCAUUGUCCUUCACCCAGCUGGGUAUCAGAACGUGCUCAGGAACACUGAAGUUAUGAGAGAGAUUCAGAAGCUCUAUGAAAACAAGUCGUUCCUUUUCCUGGGCUGUGGCUGGACUGUGGAUGACACCACUUUCCAAGCCCUUUUUCUGGAGGCCGUCAAGCACAAAUCUGACUUAGAACAUUUCAUGCUGGUUCGGAGAGGAGACGUGGACGAGUUCAAGAAGCUCCGAGAAAACAUGCUGGACAAAGGGAUUAAGGUCAUCUCCUAUGGAAAUGAAUAUGCUGACCUUCCAGAAUAUUUCAAGCGGCUGACAUGGGAGAUCGCCACAAGGGGAAGGUCAGCAGGGAUGGUAAGAGAAGGACAGCUAAAUGGCUCAGAAGGCCAGCUAAAUGGCUUAUCGACAGCACACAGUGAAAUGAGAGACUGUAGUACCUGAGAGGGCAAGAGGAAUCGCCACCAUUAGACCAAGCUGUAAGGGCCCACCGUGGACAGUGUUUAACAAGUAAACUCCCAAGAACCCAAAACAGCUCCCAGGAAGUACCAGAACGCAGAGGUUGAAGGCCGGGGUUAGUGGGUGGGUGUCGCAGCUUACCCCUUCGUGCCGUGCUGGCUGGUUCCUGAUCCUCUGCGGCCUGUUCCAGUUCAAUACCCAAGCGACAAGGGACCCGGAAGUCACCCUGCCCCACCCCCAGGCUGGACAGGCCUGUGUCCACACAGCAGAUCCACGGGACAUCUCUACCGACCGUGGCCACAGCUCUGCAUGAAGGACUCGGGAUCUAGAUGCCACGGGAUCGCCGCGGCCCUUGUUGCAGUUUUGUACGCUAUACUUGGUUUUUCGAUUCAGCUUAAUGGCUUUUUUAAAACAUGGCUUGACGCUCUAGUUUUCUAGAUCUUUUACAGUGUACAGUCUUUUACAUAAUUGAGCCGUAUUAAAAGCUUGUUCAUUUA